GGCCAGGGAAGGGUAGUGAUGACGGUGACGUACUCGCGGAGGGUUGCUGACGCGGGGCUCGGGACCUUCUCUCAUCUGCUCCUCCGAUGGAAGGGGAGCAUCUACAAGCUGCUGUGGAGAGAACUGAUCAUCUUCACCACACUGUACUACUCCUUCAGCAUCAUUUACAGGUUUGUGUUGAAUGAGGGUCAGAAGAGGCUGUUUGAGAAGCUGGCCAUCUACUGUGACCGUUAUGCAGAACUCAUCCCUGUGUCCUUCGUAUUGGGUUUUUAUGUGACCCUGGUGGUGUCUCGGUGGUGGGGUCAGUUUGAGAGUGUUCCCUGGCCGGACCGGUUGGGUGCGCUGGUGGGCGCUCACAUCCGUGGUACCGAUGAGAUCGCCAGGCUGACCCGCCGCACCCUGAUGCGGUACGCCAACCUGUCCGGCGUGCUCAUCUACCGAUCGGUCAGCACGGCAGUCUACAAGAGGUUCCCCACCAUGAAGCACCUGGUGCAGGCAGGCCUGAUGACAGCAGAGGAACAUAGGCAGUUGGAGGAGUUGCCCUCACCUCAUAACAAGUUCUGGGUUCCUUGUAUGUGGUUUGUUAACCUGGCACUGAGGGCCCGCACCGAGGGACGCAUCAACAAUGAUGUGGCCCUGUCAGCCAUUCUCAAUGAAUUAAAUACAUUGCGGACACAGUGUAUGAAGCUAUACAGUUAUGAUUGGAUCAGCCUACCCCUUGUGUACACCCAGGUGGUGACAGUGGCGGUCUACAGUUUCUUCCUGGCGUGUCUGAUUGGUCGACAGUUCUUAGACCCCGCCCAGGGCUACGCUGGUCAUGACAUCGACUUCUACCUGCCUGUCUUCACCCUGCUACAGUUCUUCUUCUACGUGGGCUGGCUCAAGGUGGCAGAACAACUGAUAAACCCGUUUGGGGAAGACGACGAUGACUUUGAAACCAACUAUCUGGUUGAUCGUAAUCUACAGGUGUCCCUGCUGUCUGUGGAUGAGAUGUACGACACUAUCCCAUUGGUAGAGAGGGAUAAGUACUGGAACGAAUCAGAGCCCCAGCCUCCAUACACUGCAGCCAGCGUGGAGCAUCGCAAACCUUCCUUCAUGGGCUCUGCUCUGGAUAUCAGUGUUCCCAAAGAGGAGAUGGAGUUCCAGUCCAACCUGGAGCAGAUCAAGGAGCAUGAGGAGGCCAACCACUCUACUCCUCUCCUGGGGGGUCUGAGUCGCCUCCUGGGGGUUCAGUCCCCCGUCUUCCCCCGCUCCUCCACCUCCUCCCGGGUUUCUCUCCUGCGCCGGCGCCCAGGGGCUCCAUUCAGCCGCUUCCCCCUCCCCCUCCUGCACUCCGAGGGGGACCCCUCAACGCCGAGCCACGGCCCUGGUCCCCGCCACGACUCCAGCCACCCGGACUACGCCUUCUCCUCCAUGCCGCUGUAUGAGAGGUCAGGCUUCUAUAGCUGUCCCCAGACCCCCAUCCACUGUGUUCCCCCCGCUAUGCCUCGUCCACGGCCCACCCGAGGAACUUACGCCUGGGAUCGCAGCUCCAGCUCGCUGGCUCCUCCGAUGGUUGGCUCUGGAGGUCUGCUGCCCCCUGAUACUCCAGGUCAUAUGCUCCCUCCACCCUCCUCUGCCUUCCCCUGGCUGAGUGAGGAGGGAGAGGGUCCUUGUGUUCCAGCCUUCUCCUUCCCUGACCCUGGCAACCUUCCGGAACUCUGCCCCAUAUCAAAGCUCCGGCCCGGGCAAGGCCUGCUGUCUCGACGGCCUCCGCCUCCACGCCUCUCUCUGGAUAACACACCGUUGGCCGAGGGCCUGCAGCCUGGACCCAUCAGCCCACGGGGAGUGGGAGGUGGAGGGGAGCGGGUGUUCUCCUUUACCCCUCCCUCUCGCACCCCAGCUACCAAUCCCAACAGCUCCUCCUCUAGUAUCAAUGCCACCAGCACUAUCAACACCACCAACCCCAACACCACUACUCCAGCCAACGUCUUGAGUGGUACCAACACCACUUCUACAACAAACUUCUGCAAUGGUACCAACUCCAACACCACUACUACGUCUAACGUCUGCAAUGGUACCAACCCCAACACCUUUUGUAACCAUGCCAACUUCAACAGCACAAGAGCAGCAGGUAUCAACAGUGGAACCAAUGGUGGUCUAAGCAACAACGUCGUGAACACCAUUUCCAUUUCUGGCUCCUCUCAGCAAGAAGCCAAUCAGCAUCAAAACUCACCAAAUGAUUCAGGGAUUUCAUUGGCUGAGGGGGGCCCUCACUGGCUGGGAGCUCUGGUGAUGGAUAGUGGGAUGAACAAGGCCCCUGGGGGGCGGGAGCAGGACUGAAGAAGGAGGGAGAUGAUUGGACAAGGCCCCUGGGGGAUGGGAGCGUGGUUGGACAGACUCAGGGUUCAGAAGUAGUGUAAACCUACGCCGUACGCACAUCUUUCUUUCAGACUGGAGGGUUCCAGCACUUCUGGCCAGUGGUAGUCUUUCUAGGCCAUCCAUCUGACCAGUGGUAGUCUUUCUAGGCCAUCCAUCUGACCAGUGGUAGUCUUUCUAGGCCAUCCAUCUGACCCGUGGUAGUCUUUCUAGGCCAUCCAUCUGACCAGUGGAAGUCUUUCUAGGCCAUCCAUCUGACCAGUGGUAGUCUUUCUAGGCCAUCCAUCUGACCAGUGGUAGUCUUGCGAAGCCAUCCUUCCAAAUGUGAGCGAAGCCUGGAUGUCCAAGGCUAGACCAGCGUAGAGGCUGCCUCUGAAAUGUUUAUUGGAAUCCCACAGAGUGGAGAGGUUGCUAAUAAGACAUUUCUUCUUCAUGCUAUUCCAGCUAGUAAACCAGUACGAAAUCUACUGAAGAAAGACUCCUUUGUUUGCUGAAUCUCAAAGGCCUACGUGCUGGAGACCUACGUACUGGAGGCCUACUUGAACUACUGAAGAAUCUCUAUAUCAAUCAUCAACCCCUUUUAGAAAAGAUUGACUGAUAACAUUCUGGUAAGAGGUGCUAAGUACCUCAGCCAUCAAUAUCUCUGGUGUGUUUCUGCUAGGGUUGCCAGAUUCUGGUAAUUAUUAUUAACAUUUUCAGAAAUCACAGUUGGAGGAUUCCUGGAUUUCCUGAUUUCCUUAUUCUCUCCUGAUUCCAGGAUUCUUCCAACCAGGAUUUCUGGAUUUCAAAUCAAAUUCAAAUCAAAUGUAUUUAUAUAGCCCUUCGUACAUCAUCUGAUAUCUCAAAGUGCUGUACAGAAACCCAGCCUAAAACCCCAAACAGCAAGCAAUGCAGGUGUAGAAGCACGGCGGCUAGGAAAAACUCCCUAGAAAGGCCAAAACCUAGGAAGAAACUGCUUUCCUGCUUAUUCUCUCCUGAUUCCAGGAAUCUUCCAACCAGGAUUCCAGGAUUUCUGGAAAAUUGUAUUUGUCACGUGCACCAAAUACAACAGACUUUUCCGUGAAAUGCUUACUGACGAGCCUUUAACCAACAAUGCAGUUUAAAAAAAAGUAAGUAUGAACAAUUUGCUCAGUAAACUAAAGGAAAAAUAGUAACACAAUAAAAUAACAUUAACAUACUAGGGGUACCGGUACCGAUGUGCCGGGGUAGUCGAGGUAAUUGAGGAGGAUACACUGCAUUCGGAAAGUAUUCAGAUCCCUUGACUUUUUCCACAUUUUGUUAUGUUACAGCCUUAUUCUAAAAUUGAUUAAAUAAAUUAAAAAACUCAGCAAUCUACACAUAAUACCCUAUAAUGACAAAGCGAAAACAGGUUUUUAGAAAUAUUUGCAAAUGUAUUAAAAAUAAAAACAGAAAUAGCUUAUUUACAUAAGUAUGAAAGUUUUGGAUUGGCCCAGCCAGAGCCCGGACUUGAACCCAAUCUAACAUCUCUUGUAGCAUCAUACCCAAAUUGACUCGAGGCUGUAACUUCUGCCAAAAAGGUGCUUCAACAAAGUACUGAGUAAAGUGUCUGAAUACUGUGAUAUUUCAGUUUUUUAUUUAUUUAUAAAUAAGUAAGGAUUUCUAAAAACAUGUUUUUGCUUUUUUCAUCAUGGGGUAAAACAUUUGAAUAAGAAUAAAAUAAGGGGGUCAAUGCAAAUAGUCCGUUUUGAUCAACUGUUCAGCAGUCUUAUGGGGUAGCAGCUGUUCAGGGCCCUUUGUUCCCAAGCGUGGUGCUCCGGUACCAUGCAGUAGCAGAGAGAAGAGUCUAACUUGGGUGGCUGGAGUCUUUGACAAUAUUUUGGGCCUUCCUCUGACUCCGCCUGGCUUAGAUGUCCUGGAUGACAGGCAGCUUAGCCCCAGUGAUGUACUGGGCCGUACGCACUACCCUUUGUAGCGCCUUGCGGUCGGUCGCCGAACAGUUGCCAUACCAAGCGAUGACGCAACCAGUCAGGAUGGUCUCGAUGGUGUAGCUGUCUAAUUAGCCUUUUGAGGAUCUGAUGACCCAUGUCAAAUCUUUUCAGAUGACUGAGGGGGAAUAGGUGUUGUUGUGCCCUCUUCACGACUGUCUUGGUGUGUGUGGACCAUGAUAAUUCCUUAGUGAUGUUGUCACAAAUGAACUUGAAGCUCUCAACCCGCUCCGCUACAGCUAUGUGGAUGGGGGAUGUUCUCGGCCUUCCGUUUCCUGUAGUCCACCAUCAGCUCCUUUUGUCUUGCCCAUGUUGAUGGGGGUUGUUGUCCUGGCACCACACUGACAGAUCUUUGGCCUCCCUGUAGGCUGUCUUACCGUCGCGUCGUCAGCAAUCUUAACGAUCGGUGUUGGAGUCGUAUGUGGCCACGCAGUCGUGGUUGAGCAGGGAGUACAGGGAGUACAGGAGGGGACUAAGCACACAUCCGAGGGGUGUGAGGGUCAACGUGGCGGAUGUGUUGUUGUCUACCCUUACCACCUGGGGGCAGCCCGUCAGGAAGUCCAGGAUCCAGUAGCAGAGGAGGAUGUUCAGUCCCAGGAUCUUUAGCUUAGUGAUGAGCUUGAAAGGAGCUAUGGUGUUGAACGCUGAGCUGUAGUCAAUGAACAGAAUUCUCACAUACUGUAGGUGUUCCUUUUGUCUUAUUCACAUCUGCUGCCGAGAGCGUGAUCAAAGUCUUCCAGAACAGCUGGUGACCUCAUGCAUGUUUGUGUUAUUUGCCUCAAAGCGAGCAUAGAAGUAGUUUAGCUCGUCCUGUAGGCUCGUGUCACUGGGCAGCUCUCGGCUGUGCUUCCUUUCGUAGUCUGUAAUGUUUUGCAAACCCUGCCACAUCCGACGAGCGUCAGAGCUGGUAUAGUAUGAUUCAAUCUUAGUCCUGUAUUGACGCUUUGCCUGUUUGAUGGUUCGUCAGAGGGCAUUGGGGGAUUUCUUAUAAGCUUCAGGGUUAGAGUCCUGCUUCUUGAAAGCGGCAGCUCUAGCCUUUAGCUCAGUGCGGAUGUUGCAUGUAACCCAUGGCUUCUGGAUGGGGUAUGUAAGGUCACUGUGGGGACGACAUCAUUGAUGCACUUAUUGAUGAAGCCAAUGACUGAUGUGGUGUACUCCUCAAUGCCAUCGGAGGAAUCCCGGAACAUAUUCCAGUCUGUGCAAGCAAAACAGUCCUGUAGCUUAGCAUCUGCUUCAUCUGACCACUUUUUUAUUGAUCUAGUCACUGGUGCUUCCUGCUUUAGUUUUUGCUUGUAAGCAGGAAUCAGGAGGGUGGAAUUAUGGUCAGAUUUGCCAAAUGGAGGGAGAGUUUGUAUGCAUCUCUGUGUGUGGAGUCUUGGUGAUCCAGAGUUUUUUCCUCUGGUUGCACAUUUAACAUGCUGAUAGAAAUUUGGUAAAAUGGCUUCAAGUUUCCCUGCAUUAAAGUCCCCGGCUACUAGGAGCGCCACCUCUUGGUGAGCGUUUUCUUGUUUGCUUACAGUGGAAUUCCUCUCAUCCAAUGCUGUGUUAAUGCCAGCCUCAGUCUGUGGUGGUAUGUAAAACAGCUACGAAGAAUACAGAUGAAAACUCUCUAGGCAGGUAGUGUGGUCUACAGUUUAUCAUGAGAUACUCUACCUCAGGCGAGUAAUCAUCCGUUUCUUACGCACCACAAGGCUGGUGUUUAUUUGUCCAGCAGCUCUAGAAAAGGAAGAAAUGGGAACCCUCUUGGUCUCAACCACUGAUCUGAUCCCCCUCAUAUCUAUUCUAUACACUACAGAUGUGAUCCCCCCUCAUAUAUAUUCUAUACACUACAGAUGUGAUCCCCCCCUCAUAUAUAUUCUAUACACUACAUAUCUGAUCCCUCCUCAUAUCUAUUCUAUACACUACAGAUCUGA